GCAAAGCAAAGCACAGAACCAGCAGUUGAAAGAGAAGCAAACCAAAGAAGAAGAAGAAGAAGAAAACAGUUUUGGAAGCUCUACCCUCUCUAAUGGCGGAGCCAAACUCACCUGUACUCCAUUCCCCUACCACCAAGAAUCCAGCCUCAGAUCUCGCCGCGCAGAAGAACAACAACACACCACCCAAAUUUCUCUCAAGCUUCCUCUACAAAGCCGUCCUCUUCGCCAUCUUCAUCGCUCUCCUUCCCCUUUUCCCUCCCCAAAACCAUGAAUCCAGCAACCCCACCUUCCUCUCUCGAACAUGGGAGCUCCUCCAUCUCCUCCUAGUCGGCAUCGCCGUGUCCUACGGUCUCUUCAGCCGCCGAAACGCCGACCCUGAUCUCGACAAAGAGAAGGAAAAAGAUGCCUCCUUUAAGCACGAUACCAACUCCUAUUUUUCCAGAAUCCUCCAGAUCUCGUCGGCCUUCGAAGAUGACGAUAGUAAGGCCGAAACUUGGAGCUCACAGUACCACCGCACCGACCCCGUCAUCGUUGAGAGCAAGCCUUUGCUUUUGCCUGUUCGCAGCUUGAAGAAAUCUCUAGUUCAGAACUCGGAUUCGUUAGGCUCGUCAAGCGCUGUGCUUUCUUCCCCCAUUCCAUGGAAAUCGAGAAGUGGGAGAACGGAAGUGAGAGACGAAGGUCCUGCCAUGGAGGAUGAGUCACUAAGCCCAUCCUUCUAUGCGAAAGUUGGCUCCUUUUCUCCAAACGAGGAUUUCAUAACAGAGAAGAGUUUCCAAGUAGCCUCUCCACCACCGCCGCCGCCGCCGCCGCCGCCACCUCCUUUCAGUCAUGGAUCCCUGCUUCCAACAAGGAGGGAAGCGAAGAAGAGCUUCAAGGAUGAAUUGAAGGAUUUGAGCAUAAAGGGAAGAGAGGGAUUUCUCAAAAACAGUUCUUUGGACUCUUCACCCCCGAGAUCAGUCCGAACUGUGAGAGCGAAGGAAGCUCAAUCAAUGGAGAGAGCUCCACCUCUGCAUCAGCAGCAGCAGCAGCAGCAGAGGUAUCAUGCUGAAACAAAGAUUAAGAAGAAGAAGAAGGUUGAGUUUAUGGAGAAGAUGAUUGUGAUGUCUGAUGAUUCUGAAAGUGAGAAAGCGAGUGAUUCAUCCGAUACUGAAAAGGCUGCGAAUUCGUCCGCAGAAGUGAGGGCUGAAGCGGAGGAGAAUGAGGUGGAUAAGAAGGCUGACGAGUUCAUAGCCAAGUUCAGAGAGCAGAUAAGACUUCAGAGGAUAGAAUCUAUCAAGAAAUCGAGUGGUCAUCGUGUAGUUAAGAAUACGAAGUAGUUAGUGUUGCAGAAUUAUGUACAGAUGGAAAUCAUGGUGAUUUGCAUCGCUUAUCUUAUGCUUUUGUUCUUUCGCUCUAUUUUUUCUCUUUUUUUAAUUUCUUUUUAAACUUGCGCAUGUAAGAAUCGAGAUUCCAUACAUGCAUGAAUUCUCAUUGUGAUUUUAUAUGAAAGCUAACAA